AUGAAAGAAAAAGUUACCUUCAGAUUUCAUUCCAGUGAUCUAUUACAUGAUCCUUUAGAAGCUGAGGGUUCAAUACAAAAUGUAGCCGCAUGCCUUUCAUUCAGCAUGUUACAACCACCAUCGCUACCACCCACACCUGAUCCGCGCAUAAAAACUCAAAUGAAAACCGAGUCCAUUAAGACUCAUUUACUUCUUCAUCCCAAUACAAAACAAAACAAAACAAAAAAAGCUCUUAAAACUUUCACUUCUUUUACAGACACGGACGAAAGCAAGUUCAGUAUGUCGGAUUAUUUAGACCUUAACAAGACUCCAUAA